ACAAGCGGCGCACGCAUUCACCUGUUGUACACUGGAGGGGGGUUGGCUAUCGAUCGUCCGGGGCGAGGCGAGGCGACUGAGGCAGUCCCGGCCGGAGUGUCUGCGAGCGCGCGUGUCCGCCAGUGAUCAGUGUCCGUGAGUGUCCGCCACAGUCCGCGCGAGUUCGCAGUGUUGACGAGCGACAGCAAUGCUGCCAGCACGCUGGCUGCAUUGAAUACACAUCGCCAGGAUGCACGCGGUGGGGCUGCACUCCGCGCUCGCCAUCCGCCGCGAGCGCAAGCGGCGCGCCGAGCAGCAGCGGGCCCGCGAGCGCCGCUACUCGCUGCAGUCCACCGAGUCGGGCGUCACCUCGCCGCACUGCUCCACCGGCAGCCUGCACCGCCGGCACAAGAACGUCCACGCUGCUGACAAUGAGGUCGUCUCUUCCGUGGGCAUGCUCCACCUCGGGGUCGUGUUCCUCGUGCUCGGAGUCUUCUUAGUCGCGUCGGGCUGGCUCCCCGACGACGUGACCUCCUGGAGUAGCAUCGGGUCAGUCAGCUGGUUCAACGAGCUCGUCUGCUCGGGGCUGUUCGCGCUCGGCGUGGGCAUAUUCCUGAUCGCGUUGCACAAGUACUUGACCAAGAGCGAGGACGAUGCGUUGGAGGACUACGUCCAGCGCCAGCUGACGCGCUCGCGGUCAGGGCACAGACUGGAGAGAGACGCGGAGACCGGCGGCAUGCACACGAAAGGCGCUCGGAGGGCGAAGGCCACCGAGGUUCUACCGGAGACGAUCACCGAAACGUAUACGGAGCCUCCUCCGGAUAGAAUCCACGGUUUCGUGAAUGCGCUCGCUCUGAACGGCGACGCCAUGCGGGAGACGCCGCUGGAGCAGAUCGUGGAAGAGGAGAUGUCGAUAGCGUCCGAGAGCGAGCGGCGGCUGGGCAAGUUCAACCGGGACACGUACUCCACGCCGUCCGUGGCGCCGAGCCUCAGCCUGAGCCCCGGCUCGCCCUCCGACACCAAGGAGCUGCUGGCGGACGGCCGCUACAUGAUCAUGUCGAAAAUCUGAACCUCCUAGUUUGACAGCUCGUUGAUACCGUACAUCUUGCUUCUCUAUGGACUCGUCUUUGAUUUUAUCGGUAACCACAUAAUUUCACGUUAGACUACAGAAUUCCUGUACAUUAUAUCGAUAAAAAGUACCUGUUUUAUUCUAAAAUCAAUUGAUUUCUUUAAGUCUAUCUAAAGGUCAGAUUAUUUCAUCUACUUAAUCUCGGAGAAUAUUAUAAAUCCUCGGGCUUUAUGCCAAGAAAAUUACUUUCAUUUAAUUGAUCGUGACCUUUAAACGUUCUCGUCUUCUAUGCAAUCUAGCAAGUUUAUGAUCUGCUAUUACCAUAAUAGCGAGCCAGGAUCGUUAAAGGGAUAAACUAAUUUUCAUCGAUAAAAAUGAAUAUUUCCUAAAACGUCAUCUCCACGAUGAAUAUAAUAUUAUAGUCUCGAUUCCUUUCAUUGGAUGACAACUAUAACACGAAAAAAUUACAAUACUGCUACAACACUCGUCGUGCUCUUAAAUUAAACUGACACUGAAGUUUCUGCUGAAGAUAUUUCUAUAUGCUAAUAUAUAUAUUCGCAUCGUUUUCCUUAUAGAUUUGAAUAAGUCGUGGAGACGGCAUUUCGCGAAAUUAUUUUGAAAACUUGACUUGAACGCAUUCCCCAUCGAGCAUUGGGAUGUAUGGCAUCAAUGAAAUGUCAAAACUGCCAUUAAUCAACAUGCGUCGAAGGUUGCCUAAAAUUCAAUGGACUUUGUGGGUCACUGUUGCGUCUUAGAACUUUUGAAGAUUGUAUCUAUAUUACUGCUUGCUAGUGCAAAACUUGAGCAAAUGUAAAAAUAAUAACCGUCAAAAGUGAGAAUUAUGAUGAGUAUGUAUAGUAAACGUGGUCUAAAACAGCCUAAUUUGGUCCUAGAUAAAUAUACGCAUACGUACGCAAAACUCAUUGUAGCAUUAAAUUUGCCACGGCUACCAAACAAAAAGCUUAUAGCUUUAGAUAUCUACAAAAUCUAAGGUAUACGUUGUAAAACGACCUCUAGCAAACAUUCCAUUAUCUACAUUAUUAUUAGGCUUGUUUGCAUUUGUUUAUAAAUUAAAAACAUAAUAUUACUUGUUAUAAUUAACACCCUUAAAAGUAAAUUAGUACUUUACAAGUAUUAUUUUCAGUGUAACAUUUUAGAGCACAAAAAUUAAGCUUUUUAGAAUUUGAACGUUUAAUUUCUGACGUUUUACAGAUGGACCAAAUCAUGAUAGAAUUUAGUAAUAGUAUUCGUAUUGUUAUUUUGUAUCGUUCCAAUUACACAAAUUUUGGUUCAUUUUGGAAGAAGAUGUAUUGUCUUGUCAGGGUCUACUCUGGUUAUUUUUUGGAAAAAAAUGAACUUAGUUUCAUCGUUUACUUGAUUUUUGAAAACGUGUUCCAACGAAUAAUUAAAUACAAAUUAAUUUUUCGUUGUAUUUAAUUAAUCGAAGACUCAGAAGAAGAAGACAAGACUACAAUUUUCUGUUCGAUCAAAAAUAACAUUUGCAUUUGCAGUGAUCUAGCUUAAGCACAAAAUAUGCAUUUGUUGUAAUAUUUCUUAACAACUGUUUAUAUCAUGUUCUUAGAUCAAGAGCUGGUUACUUUUUCUGCAGACUUUAAUUAGUUCUGGUUUUUUCUUAUUCUUAGUAUAAACUUUUAUUUACUUCAUCUAUCUAUACUAUAACAAGUAAGUUUUUUUAAUAAGUGAUUCUAUUUAUUAACACUAUAAGUAUAUCAUAUAUUUAGUUUGAGUACCUUCGAUUGUAUUUUAAAGAAAGAUUCAACUAAAGGUCAACACAUUAUUAUAUUUAUAUAGUACUGGUUAUAGAAAUAAGCAAAGUUUACCAGUCAAGAUUUCUACAGGAAUUUCCUAAACUCAAUCAACAAAAUAUGAAAGUUUGUAUCAAAACCAAUAUAUUCCAGUAAAUUUGCUAUACAUUGCCUAAUUAUGUGUAGAUUUUACGUUAAUCCUACCUUGUGUUUUACGCAAAAUGCCGCAACAGGUAAUUCCAUUUUAGAUUCAUAACUCUAAUAAAAUAACAUUUCGUUCUCAAUUUACACAUAUUGGGUUACAGUAUUGUAUGAAAUUAAUUGUAUUGUACACAUAAACAGUGUGUUCGCAUGUAAAGUUAAUUGUAAUAAAAUCUUUAUCGUGAGGAAUAGAUUGGUCACCGGCUCUUGGUCUUUGCUUGUUUAUUGUAUUGAGACUGACUGAAUGUUACUGUUAUUUAUUUAAAAUUUCUAAAUUAUUUUUUAAUUGUACGUUCAAAAAGAUUUCUUUUUUAAGAACCCAUGUUUAAAUUAUUUACUAAGCGGCUGUGAAAACACUAUUUUAAGGAUAUAUGCUGUAAUUUUUUUGACUAUUAUAACUGAUUUAUUGAUACCUCCUUCUGAAGACAUGUAUUUGUAUUUUUAUUUUUAACGUUAACAUAAAAACGCACACGACUGUGAAAUUUUAAUUUAUUAAAUAAUAAAAUAUAAAUAAUGAUAUUAUAAAUAUAAUUAAUUAAAAAUAUAUCAAAAGUAAAAACCUCGUUCUUAAAAAAUAUAGUAAUUCAUCUCACUUUGAUCUCUCUAUUUUAUUAGUGUCACUCUAUAAUUUACGUUAUUUAAGACUGUGUGACUGAUAUGUAAUAUAUUUAUUUGAUAUGAUAUGACUAUUAUGAUGUGAUAUAUCAUAAUGACAUUCCUCCGUCUCACUGGAACUAAAAGUUGUGACAUGUUACAGAUUAUUCAUUAUUUUAUUCGCACAUAAUCACGAAAAUAUAUUAUUUGUACAUUGAUAUCGUAUGAUAUAUGAUUAUAAAAACUUUCUGAUUUCAUUGUUUAUCUUAUCACUUAAAAUUUGUUAUGCUACCUAUUUUUGUUCGUGAUGGACAUUGUUAAACGUUAAAUUACUAUUGUUAAAGUCUAGCACUAGGCAGGUUAAGUUUAUUUUCUAUGCAAUAAUUGAAGCACUAUUUGCUUUGCGUUACCAAUAAUAUGCAUUUAACAAAUUUUACUGUUAGAAACAUAUUAGAAAGUUAGGAAUUUAAAGUUUGGAUGCUUACAAAUCGGUAAAAUAUUUCUGUAUGGAAAAACAAUUAAUUCAAGUUCCUCGUUUUUCUAGUAUUUUCCAACAACUUGUAUAUUAAUAAAUGAAACUUGUCGCCUCUAUGUCUUAGUAAACGCUAGCUUGUAAAUAUCGUGGGUGUAAGAUAUAAUGUGAAGUAUCUAAAUCUACUUUCAUAUUAGAAACUUUUUUAUAGUAAAGUUUCCACUUACUAAGUCUUAAUAUCAUUUUUUCUAGUACACUCAAUGUACAAUGACUUAUUUACUCUUUUAAAGAUUGCAAGGCUAUGUUUAUGACAUUGAGGAUAGUUAUGAUGGAAAUAAAUUUCACAAUGACAUAUUUAAUGUUGUCGAAAGAUUGUAAGUAAUAAGUAAUAGGUUUUAAGUUAAAAAAUUAACAACAUUAUCGUCUUUGAUCGACCAUACAACUAUGACAUAUUAUUGGCGUGACUUGUUAGUAUGUUAACUUGAAUUGUAAACUUUUUAUGUUAGUAAUAUAACUGGAAAAGUUUGUUAACUUUAUGAACUGCCUGUCAAGUUUAUUUAUUUGAAUAUUGUUGUCAUUUAAUUGACAUCAUAACUAUCGUCAUUGGCUAGCGUAAAUAUGCGAAAAGUAUAUAUUUUAACAAUCGCUGAAAAGUGUGGAUCGCUAAGAAUGAUUGAGAUGGUUGCAAUG